AUGGCGCCGUCACGUCUCCUCUACCUGCAGUGUCCAGCAUAUCUGCCCGGCUCCGUGGCCUCCGUCAACGCCAGCAACAACUGCUUCACCGCAUGCAGUUUGUGGAGGCAGCCGUCGAUGAUGUGCAAGCUGCCCAACGCCAUGCACUGGAUGAGACCAACAUCCCUUCGCCCAGGCACCUCGACGGUUUCUGGGUAUUGUUCCUCAUUCACCGACAAUCGGCUGCUCAAGAUUCAGCGGGAAACUGAAGGCACAGAGCCUGAGGCGGAGCCCGCCACCAUGACCCAAGCCCUGCAGCUGCAGCUGCGCCCAGAAUACUUGGUCAAAGAAUGGGCUUUGAUCAACUUUGUGGGCUUGGCCCGUACAGCCGAACACGGUGACUUUGCGUACAGCACACCGCUCAUGCUCGCGGGCUACGAGUUUGCCAUCAAAGUCUAUCCCAUGGGCACGGGUGAAGGACAACAACGUCAUUUUUCUGCCUUUCUUGAGCUGCGCGCCUGUCCUCAUGGCGACCCUGACGUUCCGUUGCUUAUCGACUGGAGCAUUGAGCUGUUGCCACAGGAAUCCUCUUCUGCGCGGCCCGUUCAGCGGCAGGGAAGUAACAUUUUUGCGCUGCACGAGUGUUGGGGCUUUGAUAAGUUUUAUCAGCGUGACGACUUGGAGGCGGAGGGCUUUCUGCAAUCGGAUCGCAAGGAGCUGCGCUUUCGCUUUCGCCUACGCCCCCAUUCCUUUCGCGUGCUUGCCGCCAUGCAUGCCACUCAGGCUCGAGCGCUACAGCUCGAACUAGCUCAAGUGCGCCGCACAAGUGGCAAAACGGACACAGGCAGCAGCUCCACGCCCAAUCCCGCCCUCAACUUGACCCCAUCCAUCACACCUUCGGCCAACACGUCACCGCCCACCCGCCACGUCACUACCAGCCCCGGCCAUGGCCCACGGUCGGCACACGAGCGAGUGCAUAGUGGUCUUGGUUCCGAAGCCUCGCCCAUAUCAUCCCAUCCAAGCUCUGGAUCCACCGCGAAUCCGGCUGGGCCCAUCAACCAAACCCGACCCGUUACGCUCAAUACGCAACCUGCAGCGAUCGAGCCUGCUUCCUCGGCGCGCCUGCGGAGUGAUCGGGGUCGUGCCGGUGCCACCCCUCACGCGCCCAUGCAGCCUACAUGGAGAAUUCCCCCACGCACCAAUGAAGCCCCAACCUUGACCAAUUUGGCAUCUGACCACCCAGCUGCCAUGCCAGGCUCCCCGCUCCGUGUUUCUGACUUGAUAACCCACGAUGUCUCUGAGAAUGCCCAAGUGCUUGCAGAGGAAGACCUUGCCAUCAUGGAAGAACUGCAUCAAUCCCUACGCCAAUUGCCCCUUUAUGGCUCGGGUGCGGGAGUUCCGUCAUCCCCAUGAACUUCGUCCCCUCGUAAACGAACCCAUAUUUCCAACGAUGGCAAUUGUGCUUCCUCGACCCUGCUUGACACGCUGAGCGUGCUGCGUGGCGACCGACCCCCAGAAAUUAGCAAUCGACAUUGCCUAC